UUGAAAUCACGCCCGGUGAGCUGCGCCGCAGUCACACAUAGCCCACUUAGUAUAUUAAUCACGGAGACUACGAACAAUCCGGUCAUACCUGUCUACUUUUUCAAAUGAUUCAUAGAAUGUCCGUCUCUCGAGAACCCUUCCAACUCUCCGGUCGCUAUGCUGACCGCAACCGCUGGGAAGUCCUCGCCGGGCCUGGCGACUCCCGCGUCACUGGCCUACAAAUUAUACAUGAUGAGAAUCUCACAAAUGCCUGGACCGAAAAAACUGCCUUGAUUACUGGUGUCUCCUCGGGCAUCGGUGUCGAGACCGUCCGCGCCCUGGUCACGACCGGCGCCACUGUCUUCGGCACCGCCCGCAGCCUUAACAAAGCCCGGGAGGCGCUAGGCGCUGAGCUCCUGGAGACGGGUCGAGUCAAGCUGGUCUUUAUGGAUCAAACGGAUCUAGCUAGUGUGAGAGCUUGUGCGGAGGAAGUUCGCAAAUCGAGCGGCGGCCGACUGAGCAUUAUCGUCAACAAUGCGGCGGUGAUGAAUACGCCCGAGGAACGGACAAAAGAUGGGUUUGAGCUGCAGUUUGGAACCAACCAUCUCUCGCAUUUCUUGCUUUUCUAUCUUCUCAAGGAUCUACUUUUGGCGAGUUCUACGCCCGAGUUCCAUUCGCGCGUGGUCUCUGUUUCGUCUGCCGCGCAUCGCUACGCACCCGUUCAGUUGGAUAAUGUCAACUUCGAGGGAAACUAUAACGGCUGGCUUGCGUAUGGAUCCAGCAAGACAGCAAACAUCUACAUGACCAACCAAAUUGAGCGCCUAUACGGUGCCCAGGGACUACACGGAUACAGUCUCCAUCCGGGCGCGUUCCUCAGUCCGAAUCUGCAGAAGCAUUCGCAGGAGGAGCUGAAGACGUUCUUGACGGAUCCUAGAUUGCAGAUAUAUACCACCAGUCUGGAGCAGUCGUGUGCGACUAGUAUCUAUGGAGCGGUUUCUAGUGAGAUAGAAGGGAAGGGGGGGUUGUAUCUCGAGGGUGCAUCGGUUGCUGUGCAUCCGUGUCCUCCUGAUGGUGAUGCGGUGGAGUAUGGGUAUGGGAGCUGGGCGUUUGAUCAGGGGAAGGAGGAGGCGUUGUGGGAGUUGAGCAGAAAGAUAGCUGGAGUUGAGUAAUGGGACUUAGCGAAUGUGCACGAUAGACUCUUCAGAGCUAUGCUACGUAUGAUAUGGCAUCUGAAUCAGGCAAGAUAGAGGCAUAAUCAAUGAGGCAUGCAUGAAUAAAUAAUCCAAUGACCAUAUCAGUCGAAUGCUCGCUGCACUAUUAGACUUGAAUCUAAUCGGCUCACAGAAUUAACAACCGCGUCUCGCGAACUUGCUCUCCCUCGACAAUCUCCUGCGAGAGGUCGAUUCCGAGGGCAUAUUUGGUCAAUGCAAUAACAGGAAAUGCGCCAAUAGUUUUCCUUCGCACCUCCAUGGAUUCUUGCAGAUCACGGGCCAGG